AUGACAGCGCGAGCAGACGAGGCAAGGGAAGCAGAGCUCGCGGUCAUACGGAAGGAGACCAAAGCGGCAGCAAUCCCCAGGAGAGACCAGCUGCCGGAUGUAGCGUUCGGCAAGGGUGGUAGCGACGAGGGAAGACCCCUCAGUGGCACGGUGCAAGUUGCCGGGGACGAGGCAGACCCAAGUCCGCAGCACGGCGCUGUGCUGGAGUGGCAUUGCAGGGCCCACACAGCCCGGUGGGAUUGCAAAUGGUAUUUCAACCGGUCAGAGGAGUGGAAGUCCUGCAUGCACCAGAGGCAGACGGUGGGCUCGGACCGCGUGCAGGCUCGGGAAGAUGUCUUCCCAGAGCUGAGCACAGGCAAUGUAACGAUGGCCGAACUUGCUGAGUGCCUUGCAGGCACGGAGGAGAGCACGGGCGUGUUCUUGGACGAACAGAGCCGUGACGGCAGGGGGGGAAGUAGGAUCCCAGACCUCAAGCGCAACGCCGACCCUCAUGCAUGCCGCGACGAGGGCCUGACACCAAGGGAGGGCCCGAUUCCACGCCGCAUCAACGAUGUCACGCACUGCCGUGGGGGCUUUGCAGAAAAGCUGGACGCACAGCCGACACUGACUGAUGGUGGUUGCGAGGACAACAGGAUCCUGGCCGUGCGUUCAAAGAGCCCGCUUGAGUUCCCAGGGCAGACAGUUGCUGCAGAGGAGAGUGCGAGCAAGGGAGGCCGCGGCGGAGCCGCGCUGGGCAGCGAGCUCGCAGUCGCGGCGGCCUGUAUCCCGAGGCAGCUGAGCAACUCCCAGGUAUUUAUACUCAGGACACAGCCGGAUGCUGUCAGAAUCCGAGACCUUCAACAUGGCGUCGCCGGCGAGAAGAGCGCCGCGGGCCGCACGAGCACCCUCCCCCCGGAUGUCAACGAGGGCCUCAGUUUUACCCGCUCCCAAGUUGACACGAAAUCGGAGGAGUCGGAGAGUGUCAAGGAUGAUGCCGACCAACUCAGGCAGUUGCGCAAGAAGAUCAGCUGGCCGAUCAAAAUCAGCCAUAACAGCAAGGUCGUCAGCCCAACCGAUGGGUUUGAUCCCUGGGGAAAGGCCAACUUCAUCACCUGCACUAGUGUGCACGAUGCCUUGUCGGGUGGCGGCUCGCUGGAUAUGCUGAAGUCCAACAGCGAAAAGGGCUCCGAAAAGGAUGUCAGCGAGGCCGUCACCUGGGAAAAUGUUGGAAGAGCCAGAAAGGGACCAGUGAGAGAGGGCGACACAGUCGCGAAGGAGUGCGACAACGUCCUCCGCAACGCCCAAAGCGGCAAGGGCCCCUUGCUGCUGAAGACUGAGAACCAGCCCAGCCAGGUGGUGAUGCUCUGGCAGAACAGCGUCAUCAGGGAAGCCAUCAAAGAGGAGAUCCCGGCUUGCCUCAUAGUACGCGGCCUGUAUAUCGACAAAGACAACGGCAACACAGCGUCCAGCCGAGAUGGAAAGGUCCCAGGCACAACGGAAGGCGGCCAAAGCAAAGCCCGUGUGGACACCUCUACGGCCCCCAAGCUGCAUAGGCUCGUACCGCGACAGAACGUGGCCUCCCACAGUGGAGCGCAGGUGAGAAUGCCAUAA